UUGGUGAAGUGCGUUCCAUCAACUUAUCACUAAUGCAGUCCCCACUUGCAUCUUUUUUUCUUUUUCUAAAAGGUGCUCUCAUAUAUUAUUAUUAUUAUUAUUAUUCUCUAUAUAGUGCUUCUUUGUGAAAGAGAACAUAGAAAGUUAGAAUGGCCUCAAAAUCCAGCAUUAGAAUUGUGUUCUUCUGCUGCCUUAUGCUGUGCAGCACAGCCGCUGCUUUAUCAUGGACAAGUAAUUCACACACAUGUAACGGAUCCAUAGCCGAGUGCAACCAAGACGACGAGCUGCUUAUGGAAUCCGAGAUAAGCCGGAGGAUCCUCGAGCAGAGGAGAAUCAUCUCCAAUGGAGCACUUACGAGGGACAAGCCGGUUUGCAACAGUGGUGCCAGCGGCGAAGCUUAUAGUAAAACAGGAGGGUGUCUUCCUCCACCCUCAAACCCUUACAAUAGAGGUUGCUCUAAGUAUUAUCGUUGUAGGUCUGAUUCUUAAAUGUUGUUGUUGAAUGAUCCAUGUCUAUGGUUUUUGUGCUGUCUACUUUAUAGUUUUGAAAUUCUAUGAAAAUUUCCCACAAGAUUUUCUAAUAACUGACACCAGAAUAUCCAUCUCAACAGAUUCUCCGACAUAACAUGAUCCAUAACCCUGUUCUUCCGGAAAAGAUGAAGGAUCUUAGAAUUUGCUAAAUUCUGUUUAGAUGAUUCAUACUACAGAAAGGAAAAAAUUACAUGUUAUUCGA